UUACUUCAACACAAACGCAUCCAUUUGGGAGAUCUUAAAAUACACACAAAUAGUGUUCAUUUAAAUGUAAAAUUUAUUUGCGAUUUCAAUGAAUGCCACAAAAGUUUCUCAACAAAACGUCGUUUACUUCAACACAAAAGUUAUGUUCAUUUGAAUGAAAGAAAAUUCAAAUGUAAUGAAGAAAAUUGUGGCAAAAUAUUCGCCACAAAACAUGGCUUAAUUUUACACAAACGCUGGCAUUCGACAGGCAAUCCAUACGUUUGUAAUGAACAAAAUUGUGGCAAAAAAUUCACUUCAAAAGUAAAUCUAAUUUUACACAAAUAUGGACAUUCGGGAGAAAAACCAUUUGUUUGUGAUUUCAAUGAAUGCCACAAACGUUUUGUUCGUAAAUCAGAUCUUAUUAGACAUAAAUUCAUUCAUUCGCGCGAAAAACCAUUUGUUUGUGAUUUCAAUGAUUGUAAUAAACGUUUUAAACAAAAGUCCGAUUUAAGGGAACAUAAAAAUACUCAUUUAACUGUAAAACAAUUUGAAUGCAUUAUAAAUGAUUGUGGUCAACGUUUUAUUUCUUAUGGCCUAUUCCAC